UGUUUAGCUCUGAGCGCGCCAAGCAUAGGUGCUAAAAUGGGCGCCGAGCCGUAUUCUAGUGAUAGCUGGUGAUAAUCAUCGUAGCUGACCAAUGGAAGGCGAGUGACGGUCGCGGGAGCCCAUUUCCGCAUACAGGCUUUCUACAGUACUGUUGCUCGAUUUUUCGAAGAUUGUUUACAAGCGCACGAACUUUCGCGUAUGUACGCGGUAUAUACACUGGCGUAUGUAAAUAAUCGCGUACGUCCGCGCCGCAGUAUUCGCAGCAGCCGUGCAUCAAUUUUCGCGUGCCCUCCGAGGGAUGUGCGCGUCGCGACGCACGUUCUGCAUACUCGUCGUCGCGACGCGAUAGCGGCCCGCCGCCGCCGCCGCGGCGUAGAUAUAUCGUGUGUACACCGUGACCCACUUGUUGCGUCUAGGUUAUGGCGUUAUAAACAAAAAUAUGCUGCGCACAAUAGACGCGUCCGUCAAUCGCGCGUGCUGUUCGUCGUGAGCCAGUGCUAGGCCGGCACCAGGGCAUGGAGGCGGGCCCAGGCCUGAGCCUGUUUCAGGGCUCGGACAGCAUACAGCUGAACACGGCGACACAGAGGCUUGAAGAGGACGAGGAGCAGGAGGAUAAGAAGCGACGCGACGAGGAGCUUAAAGACCUCCUAACAAAUGCAUUUAAUGAUUUGGAAAACAAUGAUGAUGUCAGUUCGGUUGAUAGUAGUCACUAUCACGAUGACAAUACCAGAGACAUUGACUGCACUGAUACAGUGGUUAAUUAUGAUUUGGAAUCGGUUAUGCCUGGCAAAGGUCAGGUAGUGCAACUGCAGAAGGAAUUCGAUGUCUGUGAUCGUGUGGAAAAUCUGAACAAUUACGAUCACGAUGUGAAAACGAAUUGCAAGCCUGACACCGAGGUCAGUGGGAUGCAAAUCGACUUUGAUCUAUACAGGCAAACGGGGACGCCGUACGGUAAUAAUAGACUCAGUGACAGCAACAGCACUGUGCUGGAGACGCCGUAUGAAUUAACAAAACCGCCUGCUGGAUAUCAUCGCAAGAUGCAUCCGCCAAAGUCGGCCGAAGAAUACACAUUUGGCGAAAAUUAUCCCUAUAAUUAUGAAACGCCAUCCAAUCAUUACAAUACUCACAUUACUAAGAAAUACUCUAAUAACGGUUUUACCGAUGCGUACGAGAAUAAUGUACAAAAUAAGCAGAUUCACGAGUUCGGUGGAGGCGACAACGUUACCUCGGAGCACAUGAAUCAUUGCUAUAAGACUAGUCCGAAUGGCAGGCCAAUAGACGACGAUACAGGUUACAAAACGGCGGAAUAUAACAGUAAAGAGCAACUGGAAGUAUUAUAUUCGGUUAGAAUGCGAGAGAUCAAUCGCUUGACGGAGGAGCUGCAACAGCUGCAGUUGGAGAAAGAAGAUGAAAAGGAUAAAAUGAACAGAAAAUUGAUGCUGCUUCAGGCAGAAGUUGACAGAAUUAACAUUUCAAGGACUCAAGCACAAAAUGCACUUGUUGACGCUAAAACUGAGAUAGCUGAUCUACAAAUGCAAAUGGAGUCUUUGAAAGAGAAAAAUGCGGUUCUAGAGAAGACAAAUCAAAAUAUAACGGAAGAACUAAACGUCGCCAGAGGCUCUGUCAUGGAUCUGCAACAGAAAAUCGCCAUACUGGAAAGAGCACAGGCAUUGCAGACGAAUGAUAAGAUACACGAGAAAUUUUUAAAGCAAGCGCAAGAAAAACAUGCAGUGGAGAUGCAUAAUAUGCAGACGCAGAUAGAUCUUCUUACGGACAAAUUAAAUGACAAGCUGCUCAAUAUGGACACCAGCAACAAUAUUUGGGAAACAUCAUAUGUCGCUCUCGAAGAUAAAUUGGUCGAAGCACGAAGAGCGCAAGAGAGUCUCAUGGUGGAGAAAGGCCACACGAUGAAUCAAUUGGCACAAGCGUUGGAAAAGAGUCAAGCCCAAUGCCGAAAUCUCAUGACCACAAAUACCGCUCAGCAGGUAGUGCAAUUGCAGGCGCAAGUGAAAAUAUUGUCUCAGGAAAAGGAGGAGCUGCAUAAAAAUGAACAAGAACUGCAGAACAAACUGCAGCUAGCCAAGAGCGACAUAGCGCAGUACGAUUCAUUAUUAGCUACAACUUUGGAGGAAGAAUCUGACUCAAUUAGACAGAUGAAAUUAGGAGAGCUUAAUAAAUCGAAAUCGAAACCUGUUGACGACAUCACGAACAAAUUGAGAAUAGAAUUGAACAGAUGUUUGGCUGGUCAAGCUGUGAAGAGAAAAGAAAUAAACCGUUUGGAGAAUACUUUAUCGCAGACAGAAAAAGAGUUGAGCAAAGCUCGGACAGUAGCUGAAACGUGUCAGCAAGAGGCGGCGCGAUACGCUAAGCGAAUCAACGAGUUAGAACAAGAAUUGAAUUCUGUAUUAACUGACGAAGCCAUGAAAGCGGAUGCUAAAAUACAGGAACUGUCGAAUCAUUUGAAUGACGUAAGAAAACAAUACAAACUGUUACGCGAUGAGAAAAGUAAUAUAGAACAACAAUUAGAGGAAACUUUAGCUGUUAAUCAAGAGAAGCUUAAAAAGAUGCAUCAGGAGACUAUGGAGCAACAAGAGAAAGAAGCUAUCGAUGAGUACAAUAAGGAGUACUUAGAGAUACAUGCUAAAGCUGUAGAAAGAGUAAAGCAAGAAGCACAAAUGGAAAUAGUACAAUUAUCCGUACAAUUAGAGCAAACGCAAAAAGAAUUAGAUCAUGUAAAAGAAUUAUACAUAAAUGUCUGUGGAACGAAGGAGCAAUUAAUAGACGAACAUAAAAAUGAAAUUAAAAUGCUGAAAAACAAAUAUGCCGCGAUGGAAUCUCAUCAAAAGGAUAUGGAAAAAUUGGAGAAUGAAUUGCAAACACAAGUUAAACUGCGUAAUAAGCUGACCAAGGAAAGCGAAGAGUUCAAAAGCAAAAUAAUUGAAUUAGAGAAAGAUUUGACGUAUGAAAGAAGAAAAAAGGAGGAUCACAUGAGAAAGAUACAUUCUGAAAUAGAAAAGGCAAAAGAAGAAGCGUUGCAUGAGCUAAGAAAUGCACACCCGAAUCAAGAAAUAAGUUUUCUUUUACCCGACCAUUGUUCCAAACACCUAGAAAAAAUUAGUCAGCUGGAAGAAGAUUGCAAACGUUUGGAAGAGAAACUUCAAAUCGCGUUACAAGAGCAGGAAAAGUUAUCCGAUUACCAAACCGAAUUAGACAAUGCCAAAUUGACAAUCGCGCAGAAAGAUAUAUCGAAGGAGUCGUGGAAAAAGAAAUACGAAAAAGUUGCCAGUGAAAGGAAAGAUCUUCUUGCGAAAAUUUCCAAAUUAGAUUCAGAGCUAUCGAAUUUAAAGCGCAUCACAAAGCUCGAUGACUCGGACGAUGUAAAGCUGAAGAUGAUUCGGUUUCAAGCGGAGAACGAGACGCUGAAGAGUCGGUGCGACAAUCUGCUUAGCGAGCGGGACACUUGUAAGGAGAAGAUCUCCGAAUUGGAAACAGAGCUGUUCGACACGAGGAAGAAGAUUAGCGGUUUCGAGGGAAGAUUAUCGGGAAGACGGAAGAGUGGCGAAGUUACGUUGAAUUCAAAGAGCGAAUUGGAGAAAGAACUCUCGCGUUAUAAAGAUUUAGUUACACAAUUAUCCAGGCUAAACAAUUCGAAGGGAGAACAUGCGAAUGAAUCAAUAAUGCUGGAACAGAGGAUACAACAGCUCGAGCAGGAUUUACGAAACAAAGACGAGAAACUGAACAGACUGGUGAAAGAUUUUGAGAAGAUCAAGGACGAGAGAGACCAGCUGGUGGUGAAGUUGCGAAAUCAAGCCAAGCAGUUCGAGCAGUAUGUCAAGAGCCAGAAUAAAGUUUCCGCGGAAUUGAAUCUGUCUCCUCGCAGUACAAAUGACAGCACGGACUUUCAGAAGAUGAAGGAGAUCAUAACGAAGGAAGUGCGGGAAGAGAUGGAGCCGAAGGUAGCGAAAGAGCUUAAAGGGAUCGAAGAGCAGAAUCUCGAGAAGAGGAAGGAGUUAGAGGAAAAGUACAAAACUGUUAUAUUAGAGUGGCAAACGAAAUGCAACGAGAGAGAUCAAGAGGUGACGACGCUGCGGGCUGGAAUAAUGGCGGAGAAAAUGAGAGUCAGUCAGAUCAGUCAGAUCGUAGGGAAAAAACUGGAAAUCUGCAACCAAGAGCUACAAACGCGAAGGUUGCAGAUCGAGAAACUGGAGGCGGACUUGAAGAAGAAGGAAAACGAAAUUGACGAGGACAGAAACUGGAUGGCUCAGAUGAUGACGAUAUGGGUCGCUGAGCUUAAAGAGUGUCAAGCUAAGGAGACGGAGAAAGACGUGGAGAUACAGAAGUUGAAAUCCAACGGGGAGAAACUGAGCAGCGAGAUCAAGGCGUUGAAGGAUAAGGAGAAACACAUAAAGAGCAAUAUGGAUCAGUUGAAACGCAAAUAUGAAAAGGCGAAAGAAACCGCGAUUAAUUAUAAGAGCUAUGCGAAGGCGAAGGAAAAGCAUUUGUUAAGUGAAUGCAAACGUAUCGAGGAGGGAUACAAAAAGGCCAUGGACGAAGUACAACAAAACUGUGGAGUUUUUAACGAGCAGUACGCCGCGAAAGUCAAGGCGCUUGAAACUCUGUAUUCCGAGAAAGAGGAACAAAUGCGACUUAUGAAGUACAAAGAUAAAUGCUGAAAUACGUAGUAAGUAUUCUCUAAGUAAUAUGCAAUAAUAGCUUUCUCCCCCGGUUAAGAGCUAAAGUGUAGUUACAGAGGCUAGAUACCUUCUUCUUUUAAUUUAAAAAGCACAUUAUUGUACAACACUUCAUUAACGGAGUUUUAUGUUAGGGACCAAUAUAAGUAAAAAUUCAUAUGAUAGAAAUGAGAAAUCUGAAGUACAAUUAUCUGAUUAAUCGUCUGAGUACUCCAACUCGAUAGUAACGUUUAUACAUAUUAGGUAUUAAUCGAUACGACGAGAGAAUGCAAUGCUGUAAAAAUAGGAAGAAACCGUAUUUACAUUAACUAAUAUUGUAAUUUUGUAACUCGUCUGUAAUUUAAGAUGAAAUCAUAUACAUGUAAGAUCACGAACAAAAGGAAAAGCUUUAGUCAUGUGUUUCCGCCGAGCAUUUAUUAUGACAUAAUACACGCAAGACUGGAUCUCUAUUGGAUUUUUCCCUCUUUUUCUCCCUUACGUGAGUAAGCGAUAAAAAGAGAAAAUCAAAAUAUAUAUAUAGUCUUUAAGGUAAACAUUAACUUUUGCCUCCCAUAGCGAAUUAAAAUAAUAUUCUCAUUUAAUACAUUGCUUUAAAGGUUUACUUUUGAGUGUUAGAUCUGUUCACAUUUUAUACGCAUGUCGCGCGAGGAGGAAUACAGAUAAUCUCUAUCAAGAUUGUACAAAGUGUGACUUCUACAAUAGAGAAAUUUGCUUUAUAUAUAAGUAUUCUAACUAGACAAAACUCAAAUUAUAUUAAAAGAUUUUUUUGACGCGUUAGACAGCAGGACUGAGUAACAAAGAUCUACGUUAUAUUCUUAAUCUUAAAUGAUUUAAAAUGUAUAUUUAAGUAACGCGAUAGCUUCUUGAGAGUAUCAGAGGCAUUCGGUAUCGUCUCUCUUCUUUUUUACAGAAAAUUUAACGAAAUAUAUCUAAUCGAUUGAACAAGACGCCAUAAUUCCAUCAAACGUCUCUCUCAAUUUUUAUUAUAUAAUUUGCUUAUUUUAUUAUACAAAUGUGUGCAAUCUGAAAAUAUGGCCAAUUGUAUAUCGUAUCGGCUUAUAAGAGUCGCGGAGUAUUAUAUAAAUCAAAUAAAUACCUGUAUAUCUCUCUGUAAGUGUGAAGAUCUUGGUAAGAUUGUUCGACAUCGAUACACCGUGCGAUUUAAAUAGGAAUAUUAUUUUCCAGUGUGUCCACUGGAUAUAGAGAAGUAUUAUUAAUAUUAAUUAAUUAGUUAUGUAUUUUUGUAUGUAGAAUGAAUUAAUUUAUUUUUUGUAAUAAAGA